UCGACUUCGCUCGAGCUUGCCCUGAAGACGCGCCACGCCCCCUCCCCUACCUAAGCCAGACAGGGAGCAGGGAUGGAAACGGCGUCCGCAACCCAGCGCCAAGCAGACGUGGACUCUGCGCCCGCUCCCCGGGACCUUCGGCGUUAAGGAGAACUCCGAAGAGAGCGGGGGGAGUGGAGGGGAACGGCGGCGACAAAGCGGAUUUGAAACUAGGCGUCAAGGAGGACGUGGGGAGCUGGCGCCGCAGGAGCUACCGAGGCGGCGGCCAGGGGAGCCUCGCGGCCUGCGGGAGCUCCCGGCGGUCAUGGGCGAGUCGGCGGUGGGGCGCCCGGGAGCCGGCUGAGCGCCGGGGCCCUUAUUUCCCGGGGGAGUGGGCGAGACUCCGCUGGCGCCGGGUGCCCUGGGCCUGGGGGCUGCCCCUGGGGGCCCGGCCAUGGCCGGUCGAGGUUUCAGCUGGGGCCCGGGCCACCUGAACGAGGACAACGCGCGCUUUCUGCUGCUGGCCGCGCUCAUCGUGCUCUACCUGCUGGGCGGCGCCGCCGUCUUCUCCGCGCUGGAACUGGCGCACGAACGCCAGGCCAAGCAGCGCUGGGAGGAGCGCCUGGCCAACUUCAGCCGCGGCCACAACCUGAGCCGCGACGAGCUGCGCGGCUUCCUCCGCCACUACGAGGAGGCCACUCGGGCCGGCAUCCGCGUGGACAACGUCCGCCCGCGUUGGGACUUCACCGGCGCCUUCUACUUCGUGGGCACCGUCGUGUCCACCAUAGGGUUUGGGAUGACAACUCCGGCAACAGUAGGUGGAAAAAUCUUUCUUAUCUUUUACGGCCUUGUUGGGUGUUCCAGCACCAUCUUGUUCUUCAACCUCUUCCUGGAGCGCCUGAUCACCGUCAUCGCCUACAUCAUGAAGUCGUGCCACCAGCGGCAGCUCCGGAGACGAGGGGCCCUGCCCCAGGAGAGCCUGAAGGAUGCGGGGCAGUGCGAGGUGGACAGCCUGGCUGGCUGGAAGCCCUCCGUGUACUAUGUCAUGCUGAUCCUAUGCACGGCCUCCGUCCUCAUCUCCUGCUGCGCCUCGGCCAUGUACACCCCCAUCGAAGGCUGGAGCUACUUUGACUCACUCUACUUCUGUUUCGUGGCUUUCAGCACCAUCGGCUUUGGGGACCUGGUCAGCAGCCAGAACGCCCACUAUGAGAGCCAAAGCCUCUAUCGCUUUGCCAACUUCGUCUUCAUCCUCAUGGGUGUCUGCUGCAUCUACUCCUUGUUCAAUGUCAUCUCUAUCCUCAUCAAACAGUCCUUGAACUGGAUCCUGAGGAAAAUGGACAGCGGGUGCUGCCCGCAAUGCCAGAGAGGACUCUUGCGAUCACGCAGGAACGUGGUGAUGCCAGGCAGCAUCCGGAACCGCUGCAAUAUCUCCAUAGAGACAGACGGAGUGGCAGAGAGUGACACAGACGGGCGCCGGCUCUCGGGAGAGAUGAUCUCCAUGAAGGACUUGCUGGCAGCCAACAAGGCCUCGCUGGCCAUCCUGCAGAAGCAACUGUCUGAGAUGGCCAAUGGCUGCCCCCACCAGACCAGCACGCUGGCCCGGGAAAAUGAAUUCUCAGGGGGCGUGGGAGCCUUUGCAAUCAUGAACAACAGGUUAGCAGAGACCAGCGGGGACAGAUAGAAGCCAGGAGUGGAUGCUGGGCAGAGGCCAGAGUAGAAUGGAGGAUGACUGCCGCCCAGGGGACGAGCUCAGCCCCACGCCUUGGCUCUAUUCCUUCUGGGAGCUGUUCCUGGGAGCUUCCACAAGCCCAUCUUUAGAAAUCUGAUCUGGGUUCUAACCAACAGCCACCUUCCAGGGAUGGGGGGCCUGAAGCCUCAAUGCUUGUCUCCUGAUCCUUAUUCUUUAAGUCUAAAUUCAGUCUUUUCAAAAUAAAUCACAAAAGCAGCAUUAGACAUUGCCUUGUUUCUUUAAUCUUGUUUCAGAGCUUUAACUGCCUGGGGAGAUA